AUGGCACAGAAAGGACCAAGUCGGUCAAUGAAGGACCGCAUCAGUAUCAAUAUAGCAGAGUUCAAUAAGGCUUAUAGGACACUGUUUGAAUCAUUGUAUCAGAUGUCACAGGUACAACAGACUACUACGUCUGCCGCAGCAGCAGCUGGUCCUACAACAUCUGGUGCCACUGGUGUACAGACUGGAGCACAGACAAAUGCCGCAGCAGCAACAGCACCAAUGCCAUCACCAGUAAACAACCCUGUAUAUAACAAUCAAUCACCGUCUCAAGGGCCUACUACAGCGGCCACACCUCCGCCACCGACACAAACACAACUUCAACAACAACUACAAAUGCAACAGAUGCUACCUCUACAGAAUAUGAGUCUCCUAAAGGAGGCUGACAAGAGUCUUCAACAAAGUCUCAAACAACUGGAACAACAUCAACUAUAUCAGAAGGAGAUAGUGGCUAUUCAAAGAGAGAUAGAGGAGCACGAUCAGAUCAUCUCUAACCUUGCGUCAAAGCUGAAGGAAGCUGAGCUGUUGCUCGAGAAUGAAAUAUCAGAUGCAUCAAGAGGCGAUGAUAUCAAAGAGAGGGAGGUGUAUCCCGAGGAACUGAUAUCAUAUGCACACAAGAUCAGUGGCACAACAUCGGCACCUUAUGGAUAUCAGACUCACUUACCGCUGAUACCAUUGUACAAACCUCCUGCUCCACAGGAGGAGAUGAUGCGCAUGUCAAUGAUGUUUGCUCGACUUCCACUUCAGUUACUAAGGUUCUAUGGAUUGGCCGAGAAGGACUUGGCACUGGCAUCCCCUAUCGCACUUGGACAACGCACACCAACUGCUGGCGACCAAUUGGACACUGCAAUGGACACCAAUACCGAUUCACAGGCCGAUGACGAAUCUGCCAAAUUGCUACAACAACAACAACUACAGCAACAGCAACAACAACUCUUGUUACAACAGCAACAACAGGACAAACUAUUGGUUCCACCAAGCAACCUCACAAUGCCAACACAACCCAACAAGCAAGGACAGCAAGGAUUCGCCAGUCUGGACCUCGAUCUCAAUCCAGAACUGGAGGACGAAGAUGAGUCCAGUGAGGAGGAUGACGGUGACUCUAGUGAGAAUGAACCUGAAUGGGAG